AUGCAGUCAUGCAUUGCUGCCACACACAUGCAGCCAUGCACUAAGCCGGCUGCCGUAGUUCUGCGCGUGCUCGUGUGACGCAGCAGCGCCGAACGGCAGGAGGGUUAUUCAGGCAAGAUGGCGACAUCGGAGCCGCGCGCAGCUGACACUGAAGAAGGACCGACUGAGACUACUCUCUCUGCAGUUGCUAACCCCGAACAGUACAUCAAACACCCAUUGCAAAACAGAUGGGCCCUCUGGUAUUUCAAAAAUGACAAAAGCAAAAGCUGGACAGAAAACCUUCGACUCAUUGCCAAGUUUGAUACAGUGGAAGACUUCUGGGCAUUAUAUAAUCACAUACAGCAGCCGAGCAAGCUUGGGUAUGGAUGUGACUAUUGUUUAUUUAAGGAUGGCAUCAAACCCAUGUGGGAGGAUGACAGGAAUAAACUGGGAGGCCGGUGGUUAAUGACCCUCAAUAAGCAGCAGCGACACAACGACCUCGACCGUUACUGGAUGGAGACGCUGUUGUGCUUAAUCGGAGAGUCGUUCGAUGAGGCCAGCGAUGAUGUGUGUGGGGCUGUGGUCAACGUCCGGCCAAAGGGGGACAAAUUAGCCAUCUGGACUGGAAACUGCCAAAAUAGGGACGCUAUUAUGACAAUAGGGCAACAGUACAAAGAGCGUUUGAACAUCCCCAGCAAAGCCCUCAUUGGCUACCAGUCACAUGACGACACCUCUAGCAAAAGCGGAUCCACGACGAAGAAUAUGUACACAGUUUGAAGAAGUUUGUUUUGUUUUGCUGUAGGUUUAUAAAAUUAUCCAUUUGCAUCAUAUUAUUAAUACUUUUUGAGUUGUCAACUACUGUAGUGUCCUUUUUAAAGAAAACCGUUUAAAUAUGUACAAUAAUCCUUCAUCUUAGCUGAUCAGCGGAAGCACAGCGUCGGUGUGCUGAUCAACGGACAGGCAAGAGAGAUGGCGCAAGCGUCAGCUGAAGCCUAUUGGGUUUAACUAGAAGAUUAAUAAUGAUAAAAGAAUAGUAGUUUUGGGAAACGUGUACGACUAAUACUGACUACCCUAGCUGAGGAGGUGGCAAGGCUUGAAUUUAAAAAAAGAAAGAAAGAAAAAAAACAACAUUUAUUAGCUUUUGCUUUUCUUGAUCUCAUGCAGAAAACUGAUCCUUAUGAAAAUGUUUCUCAGUGCCAGAGGGGAAGGGGGGGGGGGGAAGGGGCGGUUCUCCUUUAAGGGCCUUCCCUGAGUCCGCUAGCUGGCGUGCGUUAGCGCGUAGUCAGCUGCAGCAGGUCAGGGCUCACGCCCGUCUCUACCCCACCGCUCUUCGUUUCCGACUCGACGAUGACCACGUUAUGCUUUUGGCCAUUCUGAAAUUGAAAGUCCCUGCUUGUAGGACUAGUUUGGACUGUUGUUUCCCCAACCCCCACACAUGGUUAUUUAUGAUAUGUGCAUUGCAGGUGAACCAAAGUUGGAGGAAAACCAUGUUUCUCCCCGAGCAAGCUAGGUCUAUGGGCUGAUGCUUGAUGGUAUUUUAUACAGUUGUACUGAAUCGGUUACAGGUGUGGAUGCCCAUGCUUUUUUUUUGGACUGGCUUCUCACUAUUGUUUCUGCCUAACAAUGCUGUUGACAUUCACCAGGUCACGCUCUGUUCAGAGGUUACUGCAAAAAAAUAAGAAAAUCCAUCAUGAUUGAUUUUGCUCUUAAUGUGUGUUUAUUAUCAGUUUUUUUUUUCAGGAUGUAUAUUAAGUUCUUUCAAGUAAAGGUUAAGUGCUUUGCAUUAACGUCAGAUUCAA